GCUCUUACAAUCAAAAGGCCACAAGUGCCGGCCAGCAUGGAUCAUCGGUCUUCCAGGUCGCAGUACCCGUCCUGUGUCACCGUCCCUCCGGCCUUCUUGCAGGUUUGUUUGAUUCUCUCGUCCCGAACAAAUCAGUCCUUCUUCGUGUGUUCAACCUCGACGCAUCAAACACAUAGUGCCAAUAAUCGUUUGACAACAUGGACAAGCCCACGGAGAAGCCUUCCGAGUUUGACCAUAGUCAAUCGCCGCUUGAGAGCGAGAAACGUCUGGAGAAUGGUGCUCCGGUCGCGGUCCUGAAUAUUGCUGACCCCGAUGAGGGUUUGAGCGAAGAGGAGAGAAGACAUAUAGAUCGCAAGCUGCUGUGGAAGCUUGAUCUCAAACUCAUUCCAUGGCUCACGCUCUUGUAUCUUAUUGCAUUUCUUGACAGAACGAAUAUCGGGAACGCCAAAAUCGACGGGUUACAAGAGGACCUGAAGAUGACCAACAACCAGUAUAACAACACAUUGACAAUCUUCUUCAUCUCUUACUCCGUCUUUGAACCUGUCACUCAAGUUCUCCUGAAGAAGUUCAAACCCUCCAUUUUUCUCCCCGCGAUCAUGUUUCUUUGGGGCGUCUCAAUGACAUGUAUGGGACUUGUGCAUAACUAUUCCGGACUCUUGGCUACGAGAUGGUUUCUGGGUCUGGCUGAAGCUGGAUUGUUUCCUGGCGUCAACUACUAUCUGAGUUGCUGGUAUCGCAGAUCAGAAUUCGGCAUUCGUGCAGCAAUCUUCUUCAGUGCCGCGGCUCUUGCUGGAUCAUUUGGUGGACUGCUGGCAGCGGCCAUUGAAAAUAUGGAUGGAGUGGCAGAUAAGGCCGGCUGGUCUUGGAUCUUCAUCCUUGAGGGGCUUUUCACUGUGAUCAUUUCGUUCCUGUCAUUCUUUAUGGUGCAUGACUUCCCGGAUGACGCCAGAUUCCUUAGCGACGACGACCGUCGCCGAGUGAUCCGACGCUUGAAACUCGAUCAACAGUCGAGUGCUGAACAUGAAGAGUUCAAGAUGGAGUACUUCUGGGCCAGUCUGAAAGACUGGAAAACUUGGACCGGCAUGCUCAUCUACAUGGGAUGCGAUGGAGCUUUAUACGCUUUCAGUUUGUUCCUCCCUACAAUUGUUGCGCAAAUGGGCUACAAGAGCAUCCAUGCUCAGCUUCUCAGCGUUCCACCUUAUGCUGUCGCCGCGGUCGUGACUAUUUUCAUUGGGUUCGUUGCCGAUAGAACAGGUUGGAGAGGCUACUGUAACAUGGUGAUGGCGCUGUUCGGAAUCGCAGGAUUCGCCAUGUUGCUUGGAUCGGGUUCGCCGCAUAUUCAAUACGCUGGGGUCUUCCUUGGAGCAAUGGGAAUCUAUCCUUGUGUCCCCAACACGAUUUCCUGGGCUGCGAAUAACAUUGAAGGCGUCUACAAGCGUGGUAUCUCACUAGGAUUCAUUAUUGGAUGGGGAAACCUCAACGGUAUUGUGUCGUCCAACAUCUAUCGCGCAAAAGACAAGCCGCGGUACAAGCCAGGCCACGCUGUUGUGCUGGCAUACGAAGCAUUAUUCCUGCUCGGAGGGUCGAUUCUUCAACACAUUCUUCUCCGCCGUGAGAACGCGAAACGUCGGAAUGGCAAACGUGAUCACUGGGCUGAAGGGAAGAGUGAAGCCGAGAUUGAGAAGUUGGGUGACAAGCGACCUGAUUUCAUCUACACAUUGUAAGGACAUGCGGAGACGAGGUCAUUCUGUGGCUGUGUUUUGGGUUGUCUGCAAGAUUGGGACGAGAAGUUGGCCAUGAGUAGCGGAAGCGAAGGCAGACGUUGACUUUGUAGGGAUGCCUGUUCCCAGGAAAAAGGGGCAGUGACUGGCGCAGAGCCAUACAAGGACACAACAUCGAUCCCCGGCAGUAUUGUUGGAGUCCAAGGUGCCCACCCUCUUCAUCGUCGCUGGAACCUGCAGGCAGCUGGAAUAUCUUUGGCAAGUAGCGAAGUGUGGUGAAGCGGAUUGCAGGCCUCGACGUAGGUGCUCUUGCUUUGCGAGAACGGCGACUACAAUCUGAGGUGAGCAUUGAAAUAGUAAGCAGAGUGAAGAAUGUU